CCGAGACCUUGUGCGAGGAGAGAUUCCCGAUGACUCGACCAAACUUCAGGACAUCGCCAAAUGGAGACCAAUUCACAGAGACGAGAUUGGAGGUGUUUCCCAGUGCCUCUACCCCUCCAUACACAGAGUAGAGGUGGAGAAUAAUGAGCACGUUCUCGUGUCUGAGGCGGUUGUCCUGGCGUUGACCAUCACGAAGGUUUGAAGAUGCCCCGAGUCGCAAGUCGCACCCAGCGACCGGAGCCUUCGAGAACAUUGCACGAAAUCCCGCAACAGAGCCCUGAGCAAAAUCACCCAAGUAGCCCUAACAGACGUUUUCGAGUGCCUCAUAGAUCAGAGACGGAUGAUCAUCACAGGCGUGGAUCUAUCGUGACCCCACAUACAGAUGAUAAUAUUAGAACUUCCCGACGAGCCAGUACUGCGCCUCUAUCCAGCUUUUCUACCUUAACGAAUGGCCUCGAGCUUAUGAAAACAUUCGCAAGGAAGAAGCGUGAUAAAGACGAAACGCCAUCUGAGGAUCCCUCUUUGGACACGAGAACAGACCACGAUGGGCGGAGCUCAGGGCCUAAUGUCGGUUCCUCAAAUCGAAACCACUCCUUAGACCGGGGUCAGCGCACAGCUCGAAACAGUGACAGACUCAAGGCAAAGUCUCAGCCUGCAUUACGAAGACCAUCAUUUGUUCAAUCACCCUCGCCAAACAAAGUGAGCCCAAUAUCGAGAAUAGAAAUUAUGGGUCACCGACCAGUCACAAUACAUCACCAGUGCGUCGCAGUGGGCAUCAUGGCAACAGGCCACCAAAUAUAUGUGAAGAAAGUGAUUCGAAUCAGAACAUAG